ACUCUUGUCAACACAUCUGCAACUCAACCCACACUCUCCUUUAUACUCGCAUCCGCUCGCGCCUUCCCUCUCCUCCAGGCCGCUCCGUCUUUAUCCUCCCCCUCCCCCCUCCUCUUGACCAGCCAUGUCUGAGGGCCUCACGCGUCGCCGUGGCGCAGGGGCCUCGUCCGCCGCGCCGUCUUCGGCUGGCGACUCGGCGCCCCCAUCGCGCCCCAAGUCUCAACAGAUGAGCGGGUCAGCUGUCGAAGGAGGCCGCGGCAAGAUCGCGUACGAUCCACGCGACCUCAACGACGAGAGCGAAACUAAGGGCGCGCCCCGCCUCACCCUCAUGGAGGAAGUGCUCCUCCUCGGCCUCAAGGACAAGGCGGGCUAUCUCUCGUUCUGGAACGACAAUAUCUCAUAUGCGCUGCGCGGGUGCAUCCUCAUUGAACUCGCGCUGCGCCGGCGGAUAGCAAUGGUGCGCGACCCUUCCCGCCGCGGACUCGCGCUCGCGGACCGCCUCAUCGAGGUCAUCGAUGAGAGGCAGACGGGAGAGACUAUUCUUGACGAGGCGCUCAAGAUGAUCAAGAGCAGUGAAAAGUACGGCGCUGGCGCGUGGGUGGACUUGAUGAGUGGCGAAACGUGGAACGUCAUGAAGAUUGGGUACCAGCUCAAGCAGGUCCGCGAGCGUCUCGCCAAGGGGCUGGUUGACAAAGGUGUCUUGCGAACGGAGAAGCGCAACUUUUUGUUGUUUGACAUGGCGACGCACCCCAUCGCAGACAUGAACGCCAAGGAAGACGUUGUGCGCCGGUGUCUCGCGCUCCUCACCGCGCGCACCGCCGCGAUCCCACCUCAGGCCCUUCAGAAGGAGAAUGUCAAGUACCGCUACAUGCGCGCCGUGUCGCUGGUCUGCGCUGCCUACGCCUCGUCAGUGCUCGAGAACGCGCUGCAGCGUCUGUCAUAUGAUGCGCGCGAGGCGGCCUUCGUGCGUUGCGACGAGAUCCUCGCGGAAUUCUCGACGUGGCCCUUUGGGAUCGGCACAUCGUCCGAAGCCGGGCCCGUGCAGGUCGGCAGCGGCAGCACGCGCCGUCGCGAGGGCGGGAGCGGCAUCGGCCGCGAGAGCGUGCAGGAGCUGGUGCGCGAAGUCCGGAAAGAGAUUGCCGAGAACGCCGGCGGGGCAGGCUCGGGUGGCGCUGCCGAGGACCAGGAGGAGCUGUGCUUUGAGGUCGUCGCCACGGUCCUUGAAAUCUUUGGGCGGAUGGACAGUCUGCUGUAAGCGCGCCGUCGCACCGCCCAAGGAGACCAGCUAGAGUGUGUCUUUAGGGUUUUUAGAUGUCUAGUAUGAGCGAUUCACGUCGCGCAAGCAUUGUUGGCAGCAUGAAUCGUGUGUGAUAGAGUGCGCG